CUCAGGAUACGCUUCUACUCUGGGAGUUUAGCUGUGUUGGACUCUGUGAUAUUUAGCUUUUUGUGUCUCAAAGCAUGACAAAAAUGAUUUUGUGUGUAGUCUUUGUUUUACUCAUUUCUGUGCCGGAAGGCUUUAUUUUCAUCGAAUCUGCAAAUGUGUCAUCUACUACACAGAGCACUUUAAUACCAACUUCACAUAACCUGAGCAGUUCAACAGCUCGAUUAAAUAGUGAUACACUUACAACAACUUCAUCAACCUCCGACAGUUCAACCAUCCGAUCAACUACUGACCCUUCAACAGCUCGAUCAACAGAUGACAGCUCGACCACUGACACAACAGGCUCUGAAUAUACUUCUCAAUCACAGACAACACCACUGGAUUUCAUGAGCACCACUGCUCAACAAACAAAACAAUCGGAUGUUACAACGAGAAAUCAAACCACUUCACAAUUUACUUGGCAGUCACAAAAGUCUACUGUUCUGAAAACACCUGAAUCUACAAAUGAAACAGCAUUUCCAACAGGACAAAACAGCACAACCUCCAGCACAGCUCUGGAGAAUAAAGGGGAGCAUGAUGUGGCAGGAAAUCCCGGCCUCAUUGCAGUGCUGUGUAUUUUCUUCAUUACGGUGGCCAUUCUUCUUGUCAUUGUGAUUGUGAAAGUGGUUCGAGCCAGGAGACCACAGUUUGAAAGGCUUGAUGAUGUACCAAUGGGCAAAAUAAGUGAGGAUGCCCCGUUUGCACGCUACCCUCCAAAAUGAAGAAGAGACAUGCAUUUUAUUAGAGAAGAAGUGUGUCAUUUUUAAAAAGAAGUGCAAAAAUGAUAUUCAAAACGUUUUCAGAUUAUUGGCACAACGUGGCUGUGUCCAAAACUAUAGACAGCUGCCUUGUUGCUCCAGAAGAUAAUGUAUUUCAUCUUAAGGCAUUUAAUGGAGUUCUCAUUUGUGUAUAAAGUUAAUCUCAGAUGUUCCAUGUAAAAUUGAUUAGAAUAAAUUAAUAAUAAUAUACAAAUGAGCCAAUUUUUAAAACACAUUACGAUAAUGGAGGUGUAAAAUGAAAGUAGAUUAUUGUACUGGUAAAAUGAUCUGGAUUUGGGUAAAUUUGAUGGGGUUUUUUUUCCAUUUAAAGCACUUUUAUACCUAGUUAUGUCGUACAAAACUCCAAGUAUUUAAGUGACCUAUGGUCACUCAUUUUGGUCCACAACCAAGACAUCAACUUUUAAAUUUAGAUUAUAAUUAAUCAGAUUUAUAUUAUACGUUGGUUUCACUAACAAGUCAAUUUUGAUCAGAUUAUUUGCUGAAAUUAAAUAAAAAUUGCCAAAAUUAGCUCAAUAUCCUGCAGUUUGUGCAAAAAGAUAUCACACAGUCAAUAUUUAGGAGAUACUCUCACUUACACGUGACGUUUCCAGUUAAGCCUCUAGAUGGCGAUCAAAUCGUUCAUAAGACAUUUAAUGUUGAGCUUCUGUAUAAUAUAAGACAGCUCUUUUAAAGUGAUUUGAGAAAUUGUAAAUGGAAAAAUAUUUUGUUGAAAAAUGAUUACAAAUAAACUAAAUUAUGCAAUAAACUGAAACCAUGAAAACAUUAUUAUGUCAGAUACCUGAUAACAUAUUCUUUAUUGCUGUAACCUAUACAAAAUAUAUUGUAUGUUGUCUGCGUUGAAGAAUCUUAAAUAAAAGAUUGCAAAACUUUCA